UACUUGAUAUACUUGAAAUUAUUUUUCUGCGUGGCUGCUAAUCAAUUUUUGCGUGUCCGCCGAGCGGAAUUUUCCGCUUUAUGAUAAUUAUGGAGCGUCAAUCAGCUUUUCGACGGUGCGUGAUGUCUGCAGCGCGUCUCCAUUUCAAUUUCAAUUUUCAUUUCGUUUUCAUUUCCCUGCCGGCAUUUGCCAUAAAUGUGCCGCGAGAAAAAGAGAGAGAGGUUUCAUAUUUAUGGCACAGGAUACUCGACUCCCGCGAGGCUUUCAAAUAAAAAGCUGACCGAGCGAGAGAGUGGCACAUUCGCAGGAGCAAGCUUGAACUGAACGGUUGGCAUUCGAAGGAGCUGAAAGUCCAGGAGCAGGAAAAAAGAGAAACAGACACGGCUGAAAAUAGUGAAAACGAAAGCGGAAGAAGGCGACUUAAAGCCACGGCCAAGGAACUUUAAAAAGGACCCAUCGAAUUCAAGACAUCUCUUCUUUCCCGGAUAUCUGGAUUCCAACCGGAGCAGGGCCUGACACAGUUUCCCCUUGCCCCAACUGCAAUCGACUCCUGACCCGGACUCUGAAAAAUCGAUUAUCUCUGUGUGUGUGCACAACAACCCGCGAGUGCAGUUCAGCGCCUUAAAGAGAGCCACCCACUCGCGAAGGUCAGUAGCGCCCGGCCAGCCCCAUUUGAUUGCCAUUCCGGUUCGGAAAGUACCCAAAAACCACUACAACGGAGCCGCUAACCCGCAACCGCCGCUGCCGCAGAGAAGGAACGACGGUUCGAGGCGGAACGCAAACGCCGCCGAACAAAAGGAAGACAACGCCGCACCGGUAGAAUGGCCUACCUAAUCAACAUUCUUAAGUUCAAUGUAAAGUACUUAAAAAAUCAAUAACUAGACACCGACCGACCGACCAUCCAUUGCAAAAGGAGCAUCCGCAUCCGAGUGAAAUAGUGACGAAAAACCACGGGAACCCCAAACGUUGCUAGCUCUCUCUCUUUCUCUCGUUCGCCCCGUCUCGCUUGCUCCUCUCUUGGUAUUUUUUUUGUCGCCCCCGCUUCGCUGCGCCUCGUUCUGCGCCGUCCGGACACUACGACAUUUGGACAAUGGAAAUGGAAAAGUCUGGGAAAUUUUCAGAUUACCUCUUCGCCAAAAUGGGUCCCCCCACCGCCACCGAGCUGCCCCCGAAGACCACGGAGCGCAGCGACGCCCCCGUCGAACUGACUGGUUAUCGCAGGUGGCUAAGUGAUAACCUCAUGCUGCUGGUCACUCUCUCCGGAGUCCUACUCGGGGUGAUACUGGGACUCUCGUUGCGGCCGCUUAAUUUACACGGGGAUUCUAUCAUGCUGAUCUCGUAUCCUGGCGAACUGUUUAUGCGUGUGCUCAAGCUGAUGAUCUUGCCGCUGGUUAUAUCCAGUCUGAUUGCCGGAUCGGCCAGUCUUAAUGCCAAGAUGAAUGGCAAGAUAGCACUGCGCACGCUGGUUUACUUUGCCAGCACUUCGUUCUUCAACGCCGCUUUGGGCAUCGCUCUCGUACUCCUCAUCCAUCCCGGAAAUCCGGAUCUGCACAAUGCGGAUGAUCGAUCGACGGAUAGGCGGGCGGUGAACCUACUGGAUAGUCUUUUGGAUUUGGGCAGAAACGUAUUCCCGGACAACCUGUUCCAGGCGUCCAUUCAGCAGGCGCACACCGUCUAUCUGCCCAAGCCGAGCAUCCUGCACGCCUUCAACGAGACGAUGAACGACACCCUGCUCUCCGGCGCGGACGCCCAACGGCUUUCGGAGGAUCUUACGGAGGAGGUGGUGCUGGUGAGGGACGUGCAGUACCGCAGCGGGACCAACACCUUGGGCAUCGUAUUCUUCUGCCUGGUAUUUGGCACUUUUCUGGGCACCAUCGGCCAGAAGGGUCAGGUUGUGGUCGACUUCUUCGCCGCCAUUUUCGAGGUGAUCAUGAAGAUGGUGACCUGCGUGAUGUGGCUAACCCCGGUGGGCAUUAGUUCUGUGAUCGCUGGAAAGAUACUCAGCGUGGGCGAUUUGGGCCUGGUGAUGUCGCAACUCAUGUGGUUUAUUCUCACGGUGGCCAUCGGCGUGUUUAUCUACCAGUUCAUCGUGAUGCAGGCCAUUUAUUUCGUCGUCGUGCGCCGCAAUCCGUUUAAGUUCUACGCCGGACUCAUCCAGGCCAUGCUCACCGCCUUCGCCACGGCCUCAACCGCCGCCGCCCUGCCCAUAACAUUCCGGUGCAUGAACGAGAAACUGCGUGUGGAUCCGCGGAUAACGCGAUUCGUCCUGCCCAUCGGAUGCAACAUCAACAUGGACGGAACGGCCCUCUACAUCGCGGUGGCCUCGAUCUUCAUUGCCCAGAUGAGCGGUAUGGUUCUGGGAUUCGGGGAACUGCUGACGGUGCUCCUGACCUCCACGGCUGCCUCGAUGAGCUCGGCCAGUGUUCCGAGUGCUGCUCUGGUACUCCUUCUCGUGGUGCUCACCGCCAUUGAUGCUCCUGUUCAGGAUGUCACGCUCCUCUUCGCCGUGGAUUGGUUUGUGGACCGGAUUCGCACCACGAAUAAUAUGCUGGGCGACUGUUACACCGCUGCCGUCGUCGAGGAACUGUCGCGCAAGGAGUUGAUGGCUUUGGACGCAGCUUCCGUGAAUUAUCAGGACAUGCCCGCUAGCACCCCCAAUGGACAUGGCCAUGGGCACCUCGAGGGGGGACUUCUCGAGGGGCAGACAGAGCUGGAGACGAGCGGCAAGUGCGUGAUGACGAUGACGAUGACAGACUCGGUGGUGGUGGACAUGAGUGCGGUAAUGAACAACGUGAACCUGCAGCAGGAGCACUGCAACCGCAGGGUCUAGAAGAUUUUAGUUCGUCAGCAUUUGCUCAAUAGUCCCAGAACCAAAACCACCAUCAGCAAAACAAUAACACCUAUGAUAUUCACCACCAAUAGAACACAGUGUUCCCCCAAAAACGUUUUUGAUAUAGGAUCUUUAAGAAACAACCGAUUGGAUAUGUAUGGAGGCACUGUCUGACGAACCCACCCGUAUUGAAUUUACUCCUCUUUUGGACCAGUGUCGAUAGCAAUUAAUUAGCCUGAACACUUAAAGGACUUCGCAUACGUAUAUAUCGAAUAUUCACCUAGUAGAGACCGCAUAAGGAUAUUAUAUGCCACAUAUAAGCACACACAUUUUACCUAAAACCCCAACCCCAACCCCAAAAACACGAAGAGACGCUAAGCGAGGGAUUCUUGUGAUCUGUCCUGGGAACUAUGUGCAUAAUCUAUGGGUAUUAUUUUGUAAGCUCGAUUGUGAUGGGGUCACACUAAUUUAUUUUACAAUGUUGCUUAUUUAUACGUUAUAUAUGUGUUGUUUGGAAGAAUUUCGAAAGGUCAAUGUAUCAAGGGAUAGACGGAUAAACGCAGAAAAGCAGGUUGUAGAAGAAGUUUGCUAUGUUUAGUUCUAGAUUUAGUUGGUCUGUUAAAUUUCUGCAACUCACAUUUGGUUACACGCCUCUGAUUAACCAUGAACGACUACUCGUUAAAUACUACCAAUUAUCAAUUACCCAUUACCAAUUACCGAUACCAAAUAUCACACAUGCAUUCGUAGACUGAUAGCAGACUUAGUAGCGAUAACAAAUAUGUAUCUGCAUAUAUGCAAUACUUACUAACCAAUAUCCGACAUUCGAUUUGUACGCAAACGCAUACGCUGAAUACAAUAAAAUUUAUUAUACCACCUAUUUAAAGAUAUUAGUGGGAAUAUUAACGUAA